GUAGAUCACAGUUAUAAGACCUAGAUCCAUUAUCAAUUUAAUGUAAUUAUUUUUUAAUUUCCAGCGACAAAUGUCAAUAUAGCUCAGUGUGACAGGUACCUAUCUAGUCACGAUAAGGAAAUCAAAAAUUGAAGAUAGAAAAGUAUUCAGACACUAGGUAUUUUGGAUUACUUAUUUUAAAUGCAACAGCAUCCCGUAACUGAUGUCUGAAGAAUAUCGCAUACUAAAUAUUCAUCGAUACAACAGGAAGACUUAUAAAAAUAAAGCACGAAUCUCUCAAGAUCAUGAUGUUCAUAGCCCGAGAGAAACCGCAAAUAUCGAAGUUACAGAGUUAUCUCCUCGCAGCGAGGUUCGUAGCGACGGUUUCGCGUUCGAUUCGCCUGGUUGUAGCUGUGACAUCGACCAAGAAGCUGACUUGGCUAAUAUAUUGCACAAGAAGUGUCCGGUCAUAAAUUUGGCACAACAGCAACUACAUCGCCUUUUGGACGAAACAGAUAAACUUUUAUGCGAAAACCCGAGAUGCUGCAGGUCACUUUAUGAUUGUUUUUGCUACUGCAGGGAGCUACUUAUGAAGCAUAACAAAUACUUAUUAAUUUUUUACCUUGCAAUGACUUUCAUGACGGGGCUUGUUUUGGGCGCGGCCACCUGUGGAUCCUAUCUCGGCAAAUUUAACAGCCCUUUACUAACAUGUAUUGAUAAUUUUUUUAUUCCUGACCAUCAUUUUACAGUUCACAAUGAUUAUUAUGGCAUUGUGUAACUAAUAUAAACAUUUUCUUUUUAAGUUUUAACUAUUUUAAUAUAACUGUAUUGCUUAAAUUAAUUCAAUAAGAUUUUCAUUUCAAGAAGACACAAUUUGUGAAACAAAAAUGUAGUCUUAAGUACCUACCUACCUACUACAUAAUUAUAAAUUAACAUUAUUGAA